AUGCAAGCUUGGAGAGCAAAGGAAAAGGCUUUGAAAUUUUUGAGUGGUCAUCCUGCUGAUUCCUACAGUCGCUUGCUGAGUUAUUUGUAUAUUCUAGAGAAGACCUAUCCGGGGUCGGUUGUGAAAUUGCAAAAGACUAAAAAUGACUGUUUAUUGUAUGAAUUUGUUGCUCUUAAUACGCCCAUCAAGGGUUGGGAGCUUUGUAGGGCAGUUGUAAUAGUCGAUGGCACCUUCUUGAAGUCGGCAUAUAGAGAAAUCAUGCUAACAACUAGUACAAUGGAUGCAUCAAGUAACAUAUUACCACUAGCAUACGCCGUUGUUGAUUCAGAAAAUGACGUAUCAUGGAGAUGGUCUCGGGUACAUGCUACGGUAAACAGAACAUGGACGAUGACAUCAAAGAUUGCAGAGUCCUUGAAUGCAGUUACCAAAGAUGCAAGAGAGCUGCCCGUAGUUGAACUAUUAGAGUACAUGAGGACUCUUCUUGAACGUUGGACUAAUGAAAAGUUAUUGAAUGGAAAGGGAACGUUCACAUACCUUGGGAAAAAAUACAACAAAGAGUUAGAGGACAACAGGACAUUAUCGCAAAAAAUGAGAGUGAGGGCUUCAACAGAUUACAUAGAUACUGUGAUAGAUGGUGUGAAGCGCUUCAUUGUUUGCCUUCAAAACAAGAGAUGUAGGUGUGGACAAUUCCAGCUUGAUGAACUUCCUUGUCCACAUGCUUUGGCGGCUUUGAGGCAUAGGAACGAGUCUUAUAAAAACUAUUGUUCUCUUUAUUACACGAGGGAGAGCCUUCUGCAGACUUAUGAAAUACCAGUAGACCCAUUUCCUGAUGAAAGCAAAUGGAAUAUGCCACAAUAUAUAGCAGAAUAA